AGAAGACGAGGAAGAUGGCGGCUCGCUGGAGCAGUGAGAAUGUGGUGGUGGAGUUUCGGGAUGCUCAGGCCACCGCCAUGUCAGUGGACUGCCUGGGCUCUCAUGCUGUGUUGUCUGGGCGACGCUUCCUGUACAUGGUGAACCUGGAGGCUCCAUCUGAACCUCCUCGAAAAAUUGGCCGACAGAGUAAAUGGGAUGUGGGGACAGUUCAGUGGAACCCACACAAAUCAGAGUCUCAUGUCUUUGCUGCUUCGAGUAACCAGCGUGUGGAUCUGUACUCAUGGAGGGAGGGCUGUGGAGAAGUUCACACAUCCUUGCAGGGACACACACGCGUCAUCAGUGAUCUGGACUGGUCCUGGUUUGAACCGGAGUUCCUGGUCACCAGCUCAGUGGACACGUACAUCUACAUCUGGGACACAAGAGACACUAGGAAACCCACGGUGGCUCUGUCUGCUGUCGCCGGGGCAUCUCAGGUGAAGUGGAACAAGAGGAACCAGCACCUGCUCGCAUCCAGCCAUGAUGGAGAUGUACGGAUCUGGGAUAAAAGAAAACCAAACACAGCAGUGGAGUAUGUUGCAGCUCACUUGUCCAAGAUCCAUGGCCUUGACUGGCAUCCAGACAAUGAGUUCAUCCUCGCCACUUCCAGCCAGGACAACUCAGUGAGGUUUUGGGAUUACCGACAGCCAAGGAAGUACUUGAACAUCCUUUCCUGUCAGGUGCCAGUGUGGAAGGCCAGGUACACGCCGUUCUCUAACGGUCUGGUCACAGUGAUGGUUCCUCAGCUGAGGAGAGAGAACAGUCUGUUACUGUGGAGCACGCUUGACCUCAACAGUCCCGUCCACGCCUUUGUCGGACACGACGAUGUGGUGCUUGAGUUCCGGUGGAGGCCGCAGAAAGAAGGCUCGAAGGAUUACCAGCUGGUCACAUGGUCCAGAGAUCAGACACUGAGGAUAUGGAGGGUGGAUCCUCAGCUGCAGAGGUUGUGUGUCAGUGAUAUGGUGGAGGACCUGAUGGAGGACAUGUCUCUGAACGUGGAGACAGAUAAGUCUUUGUCCUCCCAGGAGCCGGAGAGUCAACACAGUACUGGUCCUGCUGCUGGAAACCUACAGGAUCUGGGCACCUCUCUGGGUUCAGGUCUCCCCCAGACCCUGCAGCAGGAGUUCUCUCUGGUCAACCUGCAAAUCAGAAAUGUCAAUGUGGAGAUGGAUGCGGUGAACUGCAGCUGUGUGGUCUCGGCUCACUUUGGCAGCCACCAGGUUCAUCUGGUGGUGAAGUUUCCUGCGCAGUAUCCCAACAACGCUGCACCGACCUUCCAGUUCGUCUCCCCCACCACCAUCCCCUCCACCAUGAAGACCAAGAUCCAAAAGAUCCUGACAGACACGUCCCUUCAGAAAGUGAAGAGGAAUCAGAACUGUCUGGAGCCGUGUGUACGUCAGCUGGUGUCCUGUCUGGAGUCCGAUAUGACUCAGGAGGACGGUCCAGCCUCUGGUCCUUUCAUCCUCUCUAACCCCGUCACUCCUGCCCUGCAGGCGUUUCCUCGGGUCACCAACAUGUACGGCUCCUAUCAGGACGCCAACAUCCCGUUCCCUCGGACGUCCGGGGCCCGUUUCUGUGGCACUGGCUGUCUUGUCUACUUCAUGCGACCAAUCACCAUGCACCGCUCUGUCCCGCCCUCUGAGCCCACUCCCAGGUCUCUGUCCGCUCUGUCGGCCUAUCACAGUGGCGUGUUGACACCGAUGAAGAUGCGUUCAGAGUCUCAGAGCACACUGCGGCUGUACAGCGGCAGCCCGACUCGCUCCGACAAAGACACCGUCUCCAUCUCCUCCUUUUAUUACAAAGAACGGAAGCUCCCAAUCUCUGCCUCCCGCCGCUGGUCUGUCCAAACCCUUCACGACUGGCCGAAAUCCCGCAGGUUUAAGACAAAGCGAGAGGGCACGGACUACGGCAACCGUUCAAUCAAACUGGCCGGCAAAGUCAUCAUCCAGGAGAUCUCCUGUCUCCUGCCUGUCCACAAAGCUCUGGGAGAGAGUUACAUUCUUAAUGUGAACGACAUUCAGGAAACAUGUCAGAAGAACGCAGCAGCAGCACUCACUGUUGGACGCAGAGACGUGGCAAAGGUGUGGGCGUUGGCAUCUGCAGCGACCAGUCAGGACCUUAGUCCAGAUCCAGACCCUGACACAGAGACUCCAUGGGCCAGACACCCAUUUGGACGGCACCUGCUGGAGACUCUCCUGGACCACUACAGUCACAUGAGUGACGUUCAGACUCUGGCCAUGCUGUGCAGUGUGUUCAGAACACAGGCGCCGCCUCCAGACAGUUAUUCUCUGUAUGGACAGCAGCCAUCACGCUCGUCCAUGUUCCCCCCGCACCACUCUCGAUAUUCCAGCUACUGCUCCAGCUCCGUCACCUCCGGCUCGUGCUCUAGCACCUCUGAAUCCAUCACUGCAACCACCUGGAACACAAACCCCGACAUCAACCCCUGGGGUGAAUCCUCUCCCGAUGACUAUCGCUAUGGAAACUCGGGUUACACAGAUCCCCGGGAAAGAGAGCGAGAGCAGCACGACAUGAACAAGAGACUGCUGGACCCCGCCAACACACUGCAAUUUGAUGACUUCAAGAAGUGUUAUGGUGAAAUCUUGUACCGCUGGGGUCUGCGGGAGAAACGAGCCGACGUCCUCAAAUUUGCCUCCUGUCCUCCAGAACCUCACAAAGGCAUCGAGUUUGGUGUGUAUUGCUGUCACUGUCGCAGUCAGGCUCGCGGGACUCAGUGUGCCGUCUGCAAACGUCUGACCUUCCAGUGCGCCAUCUGUCACGUGGCCGUACGAGGCUCCUCCAACUUCUGUCUGAGCUGCGGUCAUGGAGGACACACCAGUCAUAUGAUGGAAUGGUUUCGUCGACAGGACGAGUGUCCGGCUGGCUGCGGGUGCCACUGUCUAAUGCAGAGCACCUUCUAAUGCGACACAGAUGAUGUGACUUAUCUGAGAAGACCUAACACAGACAAAACCUCAAGACAGCAGUAGCCUGUCCAACCCAGUCCAGAGUGGGGUGUCUACUUGAAAGACUUGCAUGGAUGUCAAAAGAUGAUCAUCCUCACAUCUCCUCCAGUGUCAUUAUGAAGGAAAAUUAACAUUUUCACACAUUACAAUGUCAUGACAGCCCAAGAGAAUAAAGACACCUUUUUUGCACAUUAA